AUGGCGACAAAAAUUUACAUCGUGUAUUACUCCACAUAUGGGCAUGUUGAGAAGUUAGCAGAAGAAAUUAAGAAAGGUGCCUCAUCUGUUGAAGGAGUGGAAGCUAAACUAUGGCAGGUACCGGAGACUCUCCCAGAGGAGGUCCUCGGCAAAAUGGGAGCACCUCCAAAGAGUGAUGUGCCGAUCAUCACCCCGAAUGAGCUCACUGAGGCUGAUGGGUUUAUAUUUGGCUUUCCAACUAGGUUCGGGAUGAUGGCAGCACAAUUCAAGGCAUUUCUUGAUGCUACUGGUGGGCUUUGGAGAAGCCAGCAGCUUGCAGGCAAGCCUGCAGGGCUUUUCUACAGUACUGGAUCUCAAGGUGGUGGACAAGAGACCACUCCUUUGACAGCGAUAACUCAACUGGUUCACCACGGAAUGAUCUUUGUGCCCGUUGGCUACACUUUUGGUGCUGGCAUGUUCGAGAUGGGGAGUGUGAAAGGCGGAAGCCCUUAUGGUGCUGGUACCUAUGCUGGUGAUGGAACCAGGGUCCCAACUGAGCCUGAGCUCGGGCUCGCUUUCCAUCAGGGCCAGUACUUCGCUGGUGUUGCCAAAAAGCUCAAGUCAUCCUCUUGAAUCAUUCUAUACAAGAAUCUGGGGUUGCAAUAUUCCUUAUGUAAUCUGUGUAUUUGUGAGAGAUGUCAUACAUUGUUCAAUUUGUAUCUUCAUCUCUUGUGUUUUAUCAGUAAAUUGCACUAGAUUAUAAAACUUUAGUGAUGAUUGUGGACGGUAUUACUCAUUCGAAUAUUUAAAUAAACCUUUGUUGAUGAAAUCAGAGGCAUGUAUAUUAGUGCCCC